AUGUCUCGAAGCAUAUCCUACAUGCGCCAAAUGCCGAGAAACAAUAUUCGCAUUGUAGCACCAACUCCCAAACCUCUUCCCCUAAGACUUAUUACCAACUUCAUUAAUUUAUACAAAGGCGAUACCUCGGAGCGCAACAGUGCGGUACUAAAGUUGUCAGAAUGGUUGACAGCAAAUGGCAGCGAUAUCUCUAUUGUACGCGUAGGUAAAUCGACGUCCGGAGGACUAGGUGUAUUCGCACGUGAGAACGUGGAGAAGGGUAAAUCGCUGUUCAAGAUCGCACAGAAGUGUGUCAUGUCGAGUGAAAAGUUGAAAUUGCAUGCAUAUGGCAAGCUCAUACUCGCGGCCGCGAAACAAGCCGAGCUGCCAGUGCCUUCGGACGAACUCGUGUUGCAAAUAUGCAUGGCUGUGGGCCGUAAGGACCCGACAUUCCACUUCUAUCCGUUCCUGAAUGCGCUUCCCACACACGCCCCUGAUCCCGUGAAUUGGGAGGAGAGUGAGAAGGAGUGGCUCAUGGGCUCGACCGCACAUUUCACUAUCGCCGAGACGUUGGCGAGUCUGAAGGAGAGUGCCGACGCGCUGACUGUGGCGAUCGUUUCCUAUGCGCAG